UAUGGGUAAAGACUUCAGAGGUGGAAGAGGAGAUAGCAGAGGAGGUAGUAGAGGAGGAGACAGAGGCAGAGGAGCCCCAAGAGGUAGAGGUGGUGCCAGAGGAGGCAGAGGAGGUCGAAUGGGAGGAGCUCCAAAAGCUUUUGUGGUUCCACAUCCAAGAUUGGCAGGAGUCUUUGUAGCCAAAGGAUAAUAAGAAGCUUUAGUGACAAAGAAUAUGGUGCCUGGAGAAUCAGUAUAUAAUGAAAAGAGAAUUUCAGUGGAAGACAAAUAAACUGGAGAGAAAGUUGAAUAUAGAGUUUGGAACCCAUUUAGAUCAAAGAUUGCUGCUGGUAUAAUUGGUGGUGUUAGCGAUAUUUUCAUAAAACCAGGUGCUAAAGUAUUAUAUUUGGGAGCUGCAUCAGGAACAACAGUAUCUCAUGUUUCUGAUGUAAUAGGAUCAGAAGGUAUGAUUUAUAAUGAUAUACUUUAGGUGUGGUUUAUGCAGUUGAAUUCUCUCAUAGAUCUGGAAGAGAUCUAGUAAAUAUGGCAAAGAAAAGAACAAAUAUAGUGCCUAUUAUAGCUGAUGCAAGAAAACCAUUGGAAUAUAGGAUGCUUGUAGGAAUGGUAGAUGUUGUGUUUGCAGAUGUUGCACAACCUGAUUAGGCCAGAAUUGUAGGAUUAAAUUCACAAUAUUUCCUUAAAAAGGGAGGACAUUUUAUGAUAUCAAUUAAAGCCAAUUGUAUUGAUUCUACCAAUCGUGCUGAAGUUGUAUUUUAGCAUGAAGUGUAACGUCUAAAAGUAUGUUUAAAUAAAUAUUUUAGGAUGAAGGACUUACACCUUAAGAAUAACUCACUCUAGAACCUUACGAAAGAGACCAUGCUAUUGUAAUUGGAGUAUAUAAUGCUUGAA